UCUGCCCAGACCCAAACGCGGGGCUCCAACAGUGGCCAAGUAAGGAGAAUAGAGCCGGGUUCUUUAACACGGGCGCGGACUACCACAUUCAGAGUCAAUUAAGGAAAGUAGAGCUGGGUCUCUGUAACAGCUUUAUAAACUGUCACUCACAUCAGUUAUCGCUCAACAAGCUGGUUCUCACAUGCUGCCGCUGCUGAUGGUAAUAGUGUGAGGGGCCCUUCCCCUAGGUUGCUGUGCUCUGUGGCCAUGCCCUCAGACCUUGCUAAGAAGAAGGCCGCAAAGAAGAAGGAGGCAGCCAAAGCUCGUCAGCGUGUCAAAAAGCAUGAGGAGCUGAGCGUGGAGGCAGAGCAACCAGAGGAAAACGGAGUGGUUCCAAAUGGGGAAGCAAACGAAGAUGUUACUGCCUUGGCUAAAGAGCUGGAUGAGUUUGAGUUGCGUAAGAUGGAAGCUCGAGCAGUCACAGGCGUCUUGGCAUCCCACCCAAACAGUACAGAUGUUCACAUCAGCAGUCUUUCACUUACGUUCCAUGGCCAGGAGCUGCUGAGUGACACAAGCCUGGAGUUAAACUCGGGCAGACGCUACGGUCUUAUUGGCCUCAAUGGCACAGGAAAAUCCAUGCUCCUGUCUGCUAUUGCCCAUCGAGAGGUUCCCAUCCCAGAGCACAUAGACAUCUAUCAUCUGACACGUGAGAUGGCUCCCAGUGAGAAGACAGCAUUGCAGUGUGUCAUGGAGGUUGACGAGAAGAGGAUCGAACUGGAGAAGGAAGCAGAGAGACUAGCCCACGAGGACUCAGAGUGUGAGAAACUGAUGGAGAUUUAUGAGCGUUUGGAGGAACUGGACGCAGACAAAGCUGAAGUUCGAGCCUCGCGGAUUCUGUUCGGUUUGGGCUUCACUCCAGCCAUGCAGCGCAAAAAGCUAAAAGACUUCAGUGGUGGCUGGAGAAUGCGCGUCUCGCUGGCCAGAGCUCUGUUUAUUAAGCCCUUCAUGUUGCUGCUGGAUGAGCCCACCAACCACCUUGACCUGGAUGCCUGUGUGUGGCUGGAAGAAGAGCUGAAAUCGUUCAAGCGAAUUCUUGUACUCAUCUCGCACUCCCAAGACUUCUUGAACGGCGUUUGCACCAACAUCAUCCAUCUGCACCACAGGAAACUCAAAUACUACACUGGUAAUUAUGACCAGUAUGUGAAGACAAGGGAGGAGCUUGAGGAGAACCAGAUGAAACGCUACAACUGGGAGCAGGACCAGAUAGCACACAUGAAGAACUAUAUUGCUCGAUUUGGUCACGGUUCAGCUAAGCUUGCCCGCCAGGCUCAGAGCAAAGAGAAGACGCUGCAGAAGAUGGUGGCCUCAGGCUUGACUUCCCGUGUAGUCAGCGAUAAGACUCUGUCGUUUUAUUUUCCUCCCUGUGGGAACAUCCCCCCUCCUGUCAUCAUGGUGCAGAAUGUUUGUUUCAGAUAUUCUGAGGACACGCCAUAUAUUUAUAAGAACUUGGAGUUUGGCAUUGACCUGGACACACGAGUGGCUCUAGUGGGGCCCAAUGGAGCUGGGAAGUCCACACUACUGAAGUUGCUGAUGGGAGAGCUCCUCCCAACUGACGGUAUGAUCAGAAAGCAUUCACAUGUGAAGAUUGGCAGGUAUCACCAGCAUCUGACAGAACAGCUGGAAUUAGAUCUGUCGCCUCUUGAGUAUAUGAUGAAAUGCUACCCAGAGAUCAAAGAGAAAGAAGAAAUGAGAAAGAUUAUCGGACGCUAUGGCCUUACGGGCAAACAACAGGUGAGUCCCAUUAGGAACCUCUCAGAUGGUCAGAAGUGCCGUGUUUGCUUUGCCUGGCUGGCCUGGCAGAACCCCCACAUGCUGUUUCUGGAUGAGCCGACUAAUCACCUGGAUAUCGAGACAAUCGAUGCACUGGCUGAUGCCAUCAAUGAGUUUGAGGGAGGGAUGAUGCUGGUCAGUCACGACUUCAGACUUAUCCAGCAGGUGGCUAAGGAGAUCUGGGUGUGUGAGAAGCAGACCAUCACAAAAUGGAAUGGGGACAUUCUGGCAUACAAAGAGCAUUUGAAAUCAAAAAUCGAUAAACAGACGCAUGACGUUUAAAGCUCUAAAAACUGGACUCUUCCUUCUACAUCAUGGAUAGAUUAUUUUCCCUCGCUCCUCUUAUUAUAUGCAUGUAAUCUAAGGACUUCAAACAGCACUGUUUUUUGGACUUCCCCCAAAACGUUUGAGAGUGGAUUGUAAAUUGCAUUCCAGUGCUCCAAUGUCCAGUCAUGACAGCUCAAAAAUAGACUGCAUACAUCCUUUGGCCCUUCGACAUGUGCAUAAUUCUACACAAAUCAGCCAGAAUCUAGCUAUCAGUGUUGGUUAUGUUUUUAUUUAAUAUCAUAAAUGCAAUUACAUUGAAUAAAUCAGAAGUUUGGCCAACAUGGUUGAAAUGGUAAGGUCAAGAGUUCUAUCUUGAUACAGUUCAGUUGAAAAGGGAUGCAGAAACGAUUCAGAAAGCACAUCGUGUUGUACAGGCUUGGUAUGAAUUCAGCUUUCUCAAAUUAAAUAUCCGUUAAGUAUCUUUACUGUUCCAGUCUACAUAAGCAGACCUACUGCCAUCUCCCAUAUGAUCAAUGCUCAUCUUGCAUAUCUGUCAGCACUUGGGUAACAUAGCAAAGCAUAACCUUAAAGAGAAAUUCCAUUGACUUUUCCAAAAUAUAUCAUAAUUAAAUGGUUAAAAUGUAAGCAAAGUCAUUCAGAGUGGUUUGUUGAGAGAUGCUCUGUUCUAGAGAAUUUUCACAGUGGUGGUUUUAGGAACCAGACAUCUCAAGAGUUAAUGUCUCUAAAUCCUACCUCACAGAAAGCUAUUACAUGAAAUGGUCACAUAUAUGCAGCUUGAUGUCUUAAGACACACAUGAAUGGUGGAGAUAAACAUGGAGGGAGUUGUAGGGUGAAAUAUUGCCCAAAGAAAUUAGUAUUUUCUCAAUUUAUUACUAUUUCACCACUUUCCCAGAGCUUUUAGAAAUACAGUUUAGACCAAAAACACAUCUUAAAACUCUCAGACAUAAGGCAGCAUCAUUUCAUGUAACAACUUUCUGUGAGGUUUCUGUGUUUUAAUGGCAUUAAGCAAAUGUCUGGUUUCUGUCACCACCACUGGGAAAAAAUCUGACUUGGUUUCUCUAUAACAGCACAUUUCAUAUCAAACCACUCUGAAUAACUUAGUCUACAUUACAGUUACUUAAUUAUGCAGAAAUUUUGAAAGACUGAUGGAAAGUCCUUAAAGAGUAACACUUCAUUAUAAGGUUAAUUUCAUAAUGAAAUAGACUUUACAAGCUGUCAUUCAUUAUUGGUAACAUUUGCAUUGUUGGGUAAAAUAUUUCUUUAAAUCUAGCUUUAACAGAAUAGCACUACUAUAUCUGUUAACACUGUCAAAUUAUUUGGUCUUUUAACUUGCUUUAGGAACCAGGCUGCCUGAAAAAAAUUUGUUCUAUUAAACUUCACACAAUAAGUUAACAGAAUGUAAGACAGGUUAUUGUUUUGUUAGCUUACUAUUUGAUAUUAACAAAAAUGUUAAGGCAGCCAGGUUGCUUAAAGUCAAAGCAGUGAAAUUGUUUUUACAGCGUAGCAGACCAAAGAUUCCCCACAGCAGCUCAGCUGGAUUUUUAAAAUAUAUCCAUAAAUAACAGGACAGAAUAUUUUGAUAUUCAACAUAUACAUUUAUGUUGUAGCUGAUUUUCAGUGGGAGCACUGCACCAUCAAUAAACAGUCACCAGUUCACUGUCUAAUAACAAUCUUGUGGUGAUCUUGGAUGAUGAGCUAUGAUUCAAAAACAUAAAACAACACAGAUUGUUAAGCACUAAAACCCCUGUUUACUGUUUUCAUCAUUUUCUUCUAUUAUUUAUAGUUUUUGUGAUGCUUUUAAUAAUAACUGGCAGAGAAAGA